AUGUCUUCUCUCGAGCCGCCGGUGCCAGCAAAUGCGGCAGAUGCAUUCACUCCCUACGGCACCAACGACGAGGCUGCAGCCAGUCGUUUCGCAUUGUCUUCCAAGACGUGGCAGCGAUGGCGAAGAGCAACUGGUCUGUUCCUCUUAGCCAUGACCGUGUUCUUGUGGACGGCUUCCAACUUCCUAGCCAGCACCAUCUUCGCCGACGACACCUACAGCAAACCCUACUUGAUGACAUAUAUCAACACGAGCUUCUUUAUCGUGCCGCUCCUGCCAAUACUAUUGCGACGAGCAUAUCACAACCGACGAGAGGUCAAGCAGUGGCUAGCGGAUUGGCGGAAUAACGCCCGUAUCAACAACAAUCCGAUCACCUCGCUGUAUGCUGGGAGUUCGCGCAGCGCCCGAAGGAGACAGUCCGCCAAUGCGUCGGAGGAGCAUUUGCUUGGGAGGUCAUCUGAGGCAGACGAGAGUCAAGACAACGCUAAGAGCACGAGCGUGCCUACCAAGGUGUCCGAGCCGGAGGGACCAAUGGACCUUGCAGAGAUUGCACGGCUAGCUUUCGAAUUUUGUCUGCUGUGGUUCGUUGCGAAUUACUUCACCGCCGCUUGCCUUCAGUACACGACCGUGGCAUCGUCGACAAUCCUAACAUCCACCAGCAGUAUAUUCACCCUCCUCUUCGGCGCUGUGUUUAAGGUAGAGCGUUUCACAUUGCGCAAACUAUUCGCCGUGAUUGCAUCUCUAGCCGGCAUCAUGCUUAUUAGUGGCGCUGACUUCUCCGGCGGGACAACGGACGACGAACAUCGUGGUGACUUCCCCGAGAAGACGCUUGGCGAGAUUGCACUUGGCGAUUCGCUUGCGCUCCUUUCCGCCGUCAUGUACGGGCUCUACGCUUCCUUCAUGAAGAAGCGCGUCGGCGACGAAAGUCGCGUCAGUCUACCGAUCUUUUUCGGCUUCGUUGGGCUCAUUAAUGUGGUAUUGCUCUGGCCAGGCUUCUUCAUCUUGCAUUUUGCGGGUUGGGAGACCUUCGAAUCGCCACCCACGAAGCGUGUUGUCAUGAUCAUUGUCGUCAACAGCCUUGCCAGCCUGAUCGCAGAUCUAGCUUGGGCAUAUGCAAUCCUACUUACCAGUCCCAUCGUGGUGACCGUUGGCCUGAGCAUGACGAUCCCGCUCAGCUUGAUUGGGCAGAUGGUGCUAAACAACCAGACCGCUGGCGUUGUGUAUUGGCUAGGCGCUGCGGUUGUGGUCCUCAGCUUUGUUUUUGUUAAUCAGGAGGAGAAGCAAGCUGGGAGCGAAGACAAGGUCGAUGGGGAGGAUAAUGUCUUUCGUGACGACCCAGAACGCAUCGUCGCUGCUCCGAGCGCCACUUGA